UGAAAAAUACAGUUUGGAAUUUUACGAAAAGAUAAUAACGCCGCCAGGGAAAGGUUGAAAGCAAGGUUUUUAGAUCGGAAAAAAAACAGAACAUGGCCGGAACAAGCUUGCCUGUGGAUAUUUCCAUCCUGGAGGAUCAGGUUAUUGAGGUGACCGAAAUGGAGGAUGCGAUGGAGGAAUGCAUGAUGUUUGUUAAAAAGUUGAGCGAGACGAGCUUGACCGAAAUGGAAAAGGAAAAGCAGAAACUUCAAGAACUUUUACAAAAGGCCGAGAAAGAAAUGAGAAAUACAAAGCAGGCUUUGAAACGGAGUUGUUCGAAGCGCGAUGAGUGGAGGGAUAAAUGCUUGUUGGAAAGAGACGUGAAGACUCACGCUGAACGACAACUCAAGGAUGCGAAGCAACGCAUUCAGAAAAUGGAAACGGUCAUCGAGGAGCAUAAGAACAGUAUGAAAAGCUUGCAACAGCAGAAGGCCCGCAGCACAGAAACGGCGAAGGAGCUGAGGGAUAAAAUCGUGGCUGAGAAAACGAGAAAACAGCAGCUCGAAGGUGAACUUUGCGAGGCUAAAAAAUCUUUGGAAAAAGUGAAGUCGGACAACGAAGAGCUACAGAAGCAAUUGCAUAACGAAUCUCAAAAGUCGAUGCAACGUGCGAACAUCGGGGAGGAUCAUCUCGCUGCGCUGAAAAGACAACUCGCGCAGGAGAAAACGCAGUUCGCAUCCUUCGAGAAAGAAAGCGCCGGACGCAUCCGCCAUCUUGAGGAGAAGAUCUCCGAGCAGCAAGCCAUCAACAAGAGGCUGAGCGACGAAGCCGAGACGAACAUCUCCGAGCUCGAAAUGAAGUUGAGCACAAGCGAAGAAGCGGUGAUUCAGCUAAGGAAAUGCAACGAGGAUCUGCGUGAGAAGUUGAGCGACGUCGAGAAGGAUUCCGAGAAAUUCGAAGGAAGAUUCGAAGCGUUGCGCUCGGAAAACGAGGCACUGAUUGAUCAAAAAGACACGAGAAUUUGUGAGUUGGUCGAACAACUUAAAGAGACCAAGAAGAAAUUGACGGACAGCGAGAUGGAACUCUCAAAAAGGGAUGACAAGACAAUGGAGUCGAAACAAGAGCAAACGGAGAACAAAUCUUGGGCCAACAUUGUGGACGAGGAAUCCCUCCAGGAACUGCAAGAAAAGUACGACAAACUUCACGAGGAACACAGUGUCAUCCAAAGACAAUUCGCGCAUUUGAAGAAGCACCGUAAUCAAGUGCUUCGGGAGAACAACGAGCUUCACUACCACGUUCAGAUGGCCACAUUACAACUGGCAUCCGGGAACACGCGCUUUCGUCAGCAGAUCGAUCAGUUUCGAGUUCGUCUCCAGGUCGCAGAGAGCAUGUACGAGGACAAGGUUCUGGAGUGUAACAUGCUCGAUAGUCAGCUGAAACAGGUGUUUAACGGGGAAAUGUACGCAGGGGAAGUUGUUUACCCCGGACACGGGUACGUGUGA